ACCAGGGAAAACAGGGAAGCUUGGAGAAAGUGUCAUCUGAAACUCGCCGCAAAGAUAGUUGUUGUCUGUAUAAGAAGACUUUACAGACUGCUUUCUCUCGCCUCGAAAUCUUCCGAACACGCGGUGGAAGUGUUCAGCUAACCCUGGAAGUCAUGUUGGGGCUUUAAAGUUGACGGUGUUUGAGUUUUCACGGUGCAUGUUAGCGACGAAGCCAAAACAAGAGGAAGAAUAAAUAAUGUGCCUGUCGCCGCCGCUGCUUCUGUUCUGACACAGCUCCAGUUUCCCACAGACACUCAGGAGAAGCAAUUUGAAGGAGGAAGACAGAAAGUGAGAAAAUAAGGCAGUAAAAAAGAAGGAGAAAUGGCCGAGGCACGCUCAGAAGAAGAGGAGGAAAGCGUGAUGAGGGACACUCGGGAGCAAGUGGUCCGACGACAGCCCAACACCUCCAGAGGUCGUCCUGACAGACAUAAGCCAGAGCAUCGUCACAGCCAGGGUCCUUUGUCAUCUAUCAGAGCCGUCAUCAAGAGAACCUCUUCCAGGUCGACCACUCUGUCUGAGGCUCCCAGAGACAGAGAGCGGGACCGGGAGAGAGACCGAGAGCGGGACAGAGACAGAGACAGAGACAGGAGGCGUCCGGAGAUCACCAUCCUGUCAGCCGAGCCGCUGACCUCUACUUCCUGGUUUCCUGGAGCUUCUGGAGGGUUCCCACCUCCCCCUCCACCUCCUGCACAGAUCUGGGGACCCACGAUCCCUCCGGCCAUACAGCCGCCUCCUACCUACGAGGAGGUGAUCAGGGAGAAGACACAGGAGCAGGUUCUCUCCACUUCUUCCUCCUCCUCUGCCUCAGUAUCCCCCUCACAUCCUGUUUCCAGAGUAACCAUCUCCACGCAGACCGAUCCAGGAUCUGAUCCUGAUCCUCCAGAACCACAAGUAAGAAGAGCAGUGAAACCGCCUCGGCCGCCUUGCCGCCAGCCCCUUAAAUCAUCUCACGUUGAUGACAUCACCAGCACUGCCAGCCAAUCAGCGCUUGCCCCCAUUUGCAGUGACACGCACACUUCCACACACACACAGUCCUGUGACCUCACUGAUCUGGGUUCACCUUCAACCUCGAACUCUGGUGUUCAGACUGACCAGUGGGAUCAGUGCUCUGCCACUGUGGAUGUGCCUCCUCCUCGUACUUCUCCCACCACUUCCUUUGAAGUCCCAUUGGAGCGACCCAGGCCACGUCCUCGUUCUAAGCCUGGCCUUCGACCAAUCAGCAGCGAGGUUAAAGUUCAGACUUUGGUGAAGCUGCGGGAGGACGGUUUGGCCACGUUAGCCAGCCGUGCAGCGAGUGACGCUGCUAAUCAACAAGUCACUCAAGGGAAAUAUUCUCAGGAGUUACUCGAGGCCUUCAGUUCAGACGAGUGGGGCUUCCCUGAUAACCACGGCGACACCAGCGGGCUGAGCCAAUCAGAGAGUGAGGAAGGGGAGGACGAAGACGACGGGGAGGACAUGGCAACACUGAAAGCUAGGAUACAAGCCUUUGAGCAGCAGCAACAGCAGCAGGUGAGCAGUGAGAGCUGUGAUGGUAAUAACAAACAAAGCGGAACCACAAAGAAGCCCGAGCCUCGACCACGCCCUCGUUUCCAGGGGCAACAAGCCAAAUCUAGCCCUCCUACGAUUGCCCCCAAACCCAAAAACUUUUCACCUGGUCCUAAACCGUCCACCAAGGGAUUCUGGGAAGAUGGAGGUUUCACAGCAGCCACAGCAGACUCGACUGAUGCCCCCUCUUCUAAACCUCAAACAGCAGCAGAACCAUCACUGAAAUCUGCUCCAGGCCUGGAGCCACAGCCCAUUAAACCCACAGAGAAACCCACAAUAACACCCAAACCCCAGUCCAGCACAGAAACCCUCUCCUCUGCUCCUGUCCCAGCCCCGCGGCCCCCUCCACCCAAGCUAACCCCCUGUCUCAGUGACCCUAAACCCCCACCCAGACCUCCAGUCACCCCCAGGGCCAGCGUGGGUGUUUCACACCCGGAUAAGAGCACCACCGAUGGAUGCACUACCCCAACUCUAACCCCGAGGCCCUUGGUGGAAGUUGGUGGUGGAUCACAGACAGAGACUCAGACUGGAAGUGAAGCGACGCAGAGUGCCACAAACCAAAGUGUGAAAGUUGGAAGUUCUCGUCCAGGCGUCCCAAACAAGCCAGCAGCACUGAUGGCACCGCGCAGAGCAAGUGCCCCAAAUCUGGCUCCCAAACCCUCUGGAGUCUCAUCAACUCCUCUGGAUCCAAACCCAGUCCCGGCCAAACCUGCAGCAGCCCCUAAACCUUCUGGACCAGCCCCAGCCAAACCCCCGAGCCCGGCUCCAGCUCCGGCCUUGAGGAAGGGGCCUGUGGUCCAGACCAAACCUGAGACUGCCAACACUACAAAACCAAACUCCUCAGACCCUCCUCUGCCGCCACGCCCAUCCAGUGUGAAGCUCCUCCCCCUUCGUCCACCACCAAUCAAAUCUAUCCCCGGGCGCCCGCCGCCUCCAGCCAUCAACUCCACCUCCUCAGGUAGCCAGAAUCCAACUCCGUCUAAAGUUACUCCUGGCCCUUCCCUUUCAGCUGCUAGUCAGGUGACACCUUCACAGACCAGUUCCAGUCCUCCUCCUCCAACAGCCAAUCAGACACAGGCACAAAAGGCACCAAAGCGAGGACCACCUUUGCCUCCACGCCCUAAACCUGGACACCCUCUGUACAACAGCUACGUGAAGCAGGAAGUGCUGAUCGUCCUGGAUGACCCGAGUCCCUCGCCUUCGGAGCAUCCUCCAGGCGAGGCGCAGAAUCAGAAUACCACCACCCCCCUAAUCAACACAUCACAGUGUCUGCUGGACCUGGACCCCAAGCCAGACUCCGUCCCUGAUCAGGACAACCAAUCAAAACCUGCCCUGGAGGACCGCAGCCUGUCAGGCUCAGAGUCGAUUCUUCCGGUGCAGCCUGUUGAGCUGAAGGAGCAACCAGACUCUCCUCCUGUCAGCGGCCCUCGGUGCGUCGCUCUGUUGGACCACGAGGGAGAGGAAGAGGACGAGCUCACCUUUUCCCAGGGUGAUGUCAUUGCUCUCCUGGAGCUCAUCGGGCAGGAAUGGGGGCGGGGCCAAAUCCACGGCCGAAUCGGUAAAUUCCCCUUGAACUUCACAGAGGUGGUGGAGCCCCUCCCAAGGUCAGCGACUGAACUGGGGGAAACUGACAAAGUGGCGCUGACGGACACGGCAAUGACAGAAAACUCCGGAAUAAAGACUUCACAGGGCUCAAACUCAGAGACUGAGGAGUGGGCCGUAGCUCUGUUUGACUUCCCCGGUCAGACCCCAGAGGAUCUGUCCUUCCACAAGGGGGCACUGAUCCAAGUGACGGAGCACAUCGACGCAGAGUGGAGGAGAGGAAGAGUGGAGGGGAGAGAGGGGCUUUACCCCGUGGCCUUCACACAGCCCUGCAAAGCUCAGCCAAUCACAGGCCAGCAGUCUGUGGCUAAAGGGAUGGCCAAAGCUCUGUUUGACUUCACAGCAGAAAGCGAGGAUGAGCUCACACUGAAGGUCGGUGACAUUAUCACACAGGUGGAGGCUGUGGAUGAGCAGUGGAUUAUGGGCGUUGUGUGCGGGAAGCAUGGGAUUGUGCCUAAAAACUACAUUUCACUUUUGUGACCAGGGAAAUCCUGAAAUGUCUGAUGUGGGAAAACAAAGAAUGAAACUGCUGUUUGCUGCCGCUCUGUUGAACAGGUUGGAGGUUUGGAACUGGAAACCUCCGACCUGUCGAUGCUACAGGGAGUGCUGGUGCUCCCACGGACACGCACAUGAAUCUGAUCCAGUGUUUGUGAGAAAAACUGAACAUUUUAAAAGAAUAAAAUUAACUCAGCUUAUGCUGGUGGUUUGAUGACUUAUUUGAAGUGACUGUGGUCAUGAUAUCUGAGUACUGGAUGAUUAAGAGGUGGAUUUUCCUCUCAGGGUCAUCCUGCUGUGAUUAUUUUCAUCUGCCAUAGACUGGAUCUGACUUUUCUCUUUUUUUUUUUUUUUACAUUACUCUGGUAUUUGUGAAAAUCAGUUAAAAUCUGGAUCGAUGGACAAAACAGAUCCAGGUUGGACGUCUGCUUCAAAGAGCCACUUUUUAGAUCUUUGUAUCUGACUACAGAUGUUUAGCAAAGAGUCUUUAAAGUGCUCUGUUCAGCUUUUUAAAUGUGUUAAACAUUAUGAAUUGCCAAGAGUGUCGGUGUUGCUACUCAAAGAAAGUAAUUUGUAACACAUUACUUGUAAUGCAGUACGUUACUUAAGUACUCACCAGAGAAAGUAAUUUGUUACACUGCUUGUUACCUUACUUUUGCAUUACUCUGUAACAUGAUCUGAAAUGCAUUUUCAUAUAACCACUAGUUAACAAUAUAUAGCUAAAGCUGCAGUCCCACACAUCAACAGAAAUCCCUAUCCUACUGAGGACACACACGAUCUCUCUCUUAGUGUUUACACAUGAACACAAAGCAAAGCUGAUACCAGCCCAACAAGACUUCAGAGGAAUCACCAUGGUGACUCUGCUGUGGAAACAUGAACAGGUAGAAAUGGAGGCUGCAAGCCUGACUACCUGUUGAAGAUCAGGAUCUGAAUCGGCAUGCGCUUGGCUUCAUCAUCACUCUGGGUUCUUGGCUAGCUUUGUGUUGGCAUGCUGUCUGUACAGAGGAAGAGUUAAAGUUCUGUUAGCAGCAUGAUCUGUUGUUUGUGUCAUUGAUCCAGUCUGUAAUUUACCAUUGUGCUGUUGUCCUUAUGUGCAAUAAAAACAAAAAUAAUUCCCAUAUCUCCGCUCCUCAAACCUGUAGACCGCUCCACUACUGUCUUCCCUGCACACAACCUGCAAUCAGCUGAUUGUAGCAAGAACCAUACGUCCCGUGUGACUGAGGGACCUUUGCAACACAAGUAACCAUAAAAUUGUAAGU